AUGAGAUAAGUAAAUCUAAAAACCCAAAGAAGCUCCUUAUACAAUAUGAAUACUUUCUGUCUCAAAAGAUAUGUAGCUCAAAGUCUUUAUUAAUAGGCAAAACUCUACGAAAAAAAAUAGAGGUAUUACCCACUGCCUAAAGUAUGGAAAAGUUAUAUUUUAUCAUUUGGUUGA